AUGACCUGCCUGUUCCCCAGAGCCCUGGGGCCUCUGGCCCUCCUGAUGCCGGGAGGACAGCCCAGUGAAGACAGGACAGUGGUACAACAGGCCAAAAGAAGGUACAAACGAGAGUGGGUAAAAUUCGCCAAGCCCUGCAGAGAAAGAGAAGACAACUCAAAAAGAAACCCAAUUGCCAAGAUCACUUCAGAUUUCCAAGCAACCCAGAAAAUUACCUACCGAAUUUCUGGGGUGGGAAUUGAUCAGCCCCCUUUUGGGAUCUUUGUUGUUGACCCAAACAAUGGUGAUAUUAACAUAACGGCCAUAGUUGAUCGCGAGGAGACCCCGAGCUUCCUGAUCACAUGCCGAGCUCUAAAUGCCCUGGGACAAGAUGUAGAGAGACCACUCAUAUUGACAGUGAAAAUUUUAGAUGUCAACGACAAUGCUCCGAUAUUUUCACAAACCAUAUUCAAUGGUGAAAUUGAAGAAAAUAGUGCUUCAAAUUCACUGGUAAUGAUCCUAAAUGCCACAGACGCAGAUGAGCCAAACCAUAUGAACUCUAAAAUUGCCUUCAAAAUCGUCUCCCAGGAGCCUGCAGGCAUGCCCAUGUUCCUCAUCAGCAGAAACACUGGAGAAGUCCGCACUUUGACCAGUUCUCUUGAUCGAGAGCAAAUCAGUAGCUACCGUCUGGUUGUGAGCGGCGCAGACAAUGAUGGAGCAGGACUAUCAAGUCAAUGUGAAUGUAGUAUUAAAGUGAAAGAUGUCAAUGACAACUUCCCGGUGCUUACAGACUCUCAGUAUUCGGCACGUAUUGAGGAAAAUACUUUAAAUUCUGAGUUACUCCGAUUUCAAGUGACAGACUGGGAUGAAGAAUACACAGAUAACUGGCUGGCUGUGUACUUCUUUACCUCUGGAAAUGAGGGGAAUUGGUUUGAAAUUGAAACAGAUCCCAGAACCAAUGAAGGCAUCCUGAAGGUGGUUAAGGCUCUGGAUUAUGAGCAAAUGCAAAGCAUGCAAUUUAGUAUUGCUGUCAGAAACAAAGCUGAGUUCCACCAGUCAGUGAUCUCUCAGUACCAAGUGCGCCCGACUCCAGUCAUAAUCGAAGUCACCAAUGUCCGAGAAGGAAUCUCAUUCCGUCCUCCUUCUAAGACAUUUACUGUGCCAAGGGGUGUAAGCACUAACAAACUGACUGGUUAUAUCCUGGGAACAUAUCAAGCUACUGAUGAGGACACUGGUAAAGCUGCCUCAUCUGUCAGAUAUGUCCUGGGUCGUAAUGAUGGUGGUUUGCUUGUGAUUGAUUCAAAAACUGCUGAGAUCAAAUUUGUCAAAAACAUCGACCGAGAUUCUACUUUCAUAGUUAACAAGACAAUCUCAGCUGAGGUUCUGGCCAUAGAUGAAAACACUGGUAAGACAUCUACAGGCACAGUGCUUGUGGAAGUGCCCAGUUUUAGUGAAAACUGUCCAUCAGUUGUCCUCGAGAAGGAAGAGAUCUGCAGCUCCUCACCGUCUGUGCUGGUCUCGGUGAGAACCCUGGAGAGGGGCAGAUACACUGGCCCCUACACAGUGUCUCUGGAGGAGCAGCCUCUGAAACUGCCCGUCGUGUGGAACAUCAGAACGGUGAACGCUACCUCAGCACGUCUACAAGCCCAACAGCAGGUGUCUCCAGGAGUGUACAGUGUCCCAGUCGUCGUGAAGGACAAUGAGGGCGGGCAGUGUGACACACCAGAGAUCCUGACUCUGACCGUGUGUCAGUGUGAUGACCGGAACAUGUGCAGAUCUCCUAACCCGAGCAGAGAACCCAUUUUAUACAGGGAGUCAUCCUGGGGCCUGGGGCCUGCUGCCAUCGGAUUGAUCCUGCUAGGACUCCUGAUGUUGCUGUUGGCCCCGCUUCUGCUGCUGACCUGUGACUGUGGGGCGGGUCCCAUGGGAGGAGGAGCCGCGACAGGUGGCUUUAUCCCUGUGCCUGAUGGUUCAGAAGGAACGAUCCAUCAGUGGGGAAUCGAAGGAGCCCAGCCUGAAGACAAGGAAAUCACAAAUAUUUGUGUGCCUCCUACCACAACAAAUGGAGCAGAUUUUAUGGAAAGUUCUGAAGUUUGUACGAACACAUACGCCGGCGGGACUGUGGCGGAAGGUGCUUCGGGGAUGGAGAUGACGACCAAGCUGGGAGCAGCUACUGGCUCGGGAGCUGCAGCGGCGCUCGGCCCCUGUUCCUUGGGUCAUUCAGGGACGAUGAGAACGAGGCACUCCACUGGAGGGACCUUGAAGGACUAUGUCGCUGCACCAGUGAACAUGACUUUCCUAGGUUCCUACUUUUCUCAGAAAUCAUUCGCCUAUGCUGAGGAAGAGGAUGAACGGGAGGUGAAUGACUGUUUGCUGAUCUACGAUGAUGAAGGCGAGGACGCUGCCCCCUGUUCACCUACACUCAGCUCCUGCAGCUUUAUUGCCGAUGACCUGGAUGACAGCUUCUUGGAUUCCCUUGGCCCCAAAUUUAAAAAGCUUGCAGAGAUAUGUCUCGGUAUUGAUGAUGAAGCCAAGCAGGCAAAGCCAGGCCCUAAAGACAGGGUUUCUGGGGCAGACGUCUGUGCUCGCUCUACAGAAGUCCCUCAGUCAGGUUCUAGCAGGUACCAAACAGUACCUGGUAGUGUAGAGGUCCCUCAAUCGGGUUCUCAAAGGUACCAAACUCUGUCUGGCAGUCUGGAGGUCCCUCAGUCAGGUUCUCAAAGGUACCAAACUCUGUCUGGCAGUCUGGAGGUCCCUCAGUCAGGUUCUCAAAGGUACCAAACUCUGUCUGGCAGUCUGGAGGUCCCUCAAUCGGGUUCUCAAAGGUACCAGACUUUGCCUGGCAGUCAAGUUUCUUCUGUUUUGUCCCCUUCCGGGUCUGUCCUCCCUGCCAUUGCCAUCCCUGACCCUCUACAGCUUGGUAACUACUUGCUCACAGAAACUCACACAACUUCAGGUUCCUUUGUGCAGCCCACAGCUGCCACCUUUGACCCACAUCUCACCCAGAACGUCACCGUAACAGAAAGGGUGAUUUGCCCCCUUCCUAGUGUCUCUGGCAGCAUAGUGGCUCCCACAGAGCUGCGAGGCUCGUACAGUAUGCUCUAUACAAAAGAAACCUGUUCCCAUCUAUGACCUGAGCAAACUGGAAAACCAUAGCAACCAAAUUUGGAUAUUUCUACCCAAAUAUCUUUUUUUUAAUCUAGCAAAGCUCAUGAUGUUGGACUAACUUGGCUCUUACUGGAUAAUC